AUGAGUGACUUGGCUCUCGAGGAUGUAUGCUGUCUGUUUGAGGCUUUCUUCGCGAGGCUCACGACAAGUCCGGGAGACGAGGAGGCCUGUAGCAACGGCGAUGCCCAAGACGAGCGUCGUGGACAUGGUCAGCUGGUAUAUGCGAGCGUGCUACCAGCACCAGGCCGAGUAGGGAAUGGGGGCGUCGUCAUGGGUGCGCAUGCUGUCACCCGCCACCUGCAUUUGGAUAGUGUCACAACGUCCGUGACACCGCGGUCAACGACCUCAGUCGAAUGUCGUCCACACCCCAUGGCGGAAGCGGCUACAGUAGAGGCCAGCCGCGCAAAGCGCAUAGAACGCCUGAAAUCGCGCUAUAGAGAUAGGGGAGGUAUAUUCGUGCCUGCAACCCACAAUCCCUUGCUAGACAUUCUUCUCUCACGAGGCGUGGAUGGAGAGUCUCCGUCGAAAGCAAGGCGAAGGGCAAGUCGGAGAUCCUUCGUCGCCAUUCGCGAGUCUCCCACUCCUGGUCAUCGCACCGGCCCCGACGUUGAUGAGGACGUGGUCGGUGACGUGCCCGCACGAUCAGCCAAGCCGAAGGGCAAGGGAAGGAAAUCUGCCGGUACCAUCGCCCAGGCGAGGAGAAAGUCGACCGCGAAAGAACGGAAGGAAUCCGUCGCAGUGCCCGAGGCAGAGCCCAGUGCAGGUCCUUCACACACGUCCCCGCUCGAACCAGAUACCAAGCAGCAGGAGGUAGCAGAAGAUGCCCGACUUAAGAAUGGAGCUGUAUCUGCUAAGCCCUCAACACGACGCCCUGCUGUAAAGGGUACGAGGGCAAAGAAGCAAGCACCCCCGUCCAAUGAAAAGACAGAUGACGAACCAGAGCAACGGAAACCAUCCUCCGCCCCACCGAAGAAACGCAAACUGCCUGUCAUUCCCGAAGAAAACGAGGAGUCGGAGCGCGAGGGAUCACAUCCUGUCAAGACCAAGAAACGAAGACCGUCGACUUCUGGGUCAGCAAUCAUGCCCAACAGCGGCCGUACAGGCAGACCUGCGCAGGAUGACGAUCCCGAACCGCGUGAAAAUGCAUCGGGUGGUUCUGCGAGUGGUUCCGCUAACCGGGAGAAAGGAGGCCGUGUCAUCACAACGGAUGCGGAGACGCUGUCCACAAACAAGGUCGUCAAGCAGGCAAAUACCAGGAGGUCGAAGCCAAAACCGAGAGCUCCCUCGCCUCACGAGGAUGAUGCUUCAAGCUCCGAUGUGCCACUCUGCACAAUACGCCAACUAGCAGAAGCGAAGACACAUAAGCCAAGUCGCACACAGGCUGAUCCUGAACCGCGGAAGCGGACGAAGAUGAAGCAGAACGAAGUCCCUGAAGGCGUGUUGGCGGAUGUUGCAGUACAGCCACCAGGUAGCCGCAAGAGGAAGACAGCCGAAGGAGAAGAUGCCUCUCGUGCCAAGAAGCCCAAGAAGGACACUGGGAAACCCAAACCAGAAGAUGCCUACAAGUCCAAAGUGCGUCCAGCAGAUAAAGAGAAUGAUGUCGCAUCGUCUAACAAAUUGUCAAAGGGCACUCCUCGCCUGUCCAUGUUCCCAACCCCGCCAAACGUUGCAAAUGACGAUGACGAUCCCAUCGACUUCCUCUCAUAA